UUGAGCUCAUUUCGGUGAAGAUAGGACUGAUCAUUCUGUGUGUACUGUUUUGCAUCAAACAUGAAAGGAAAUGGAAUUCCCCACAAUUCAUUACUUAGCUCUGGCUUGUUUUAUUCUACAUUAGAGCAUCCUGUCUUUUAUCCUAUUCCAAGCAUAAGCUAAUCCAUAGGAAAGUCGAAUUCAGAAAAAGCCUUUUUUUUGCGAGCAUGUGUUUUCACUCGAAUUUUAAAUGCUGUGCAUGGUUAAAUGUUGUGCCCAUUAUCUUUGUGGUUUAACUGUUUAAGUAUCCAUUGCUUGAGGCGACUAGGCUUGGAGUAUGUGUUUCUCAGAUGCUUGAUUCAGAGUGUUUUUCUGUCCCCCUUCUAUUUGAUCAUUUCUUAAGCAUGCGCAUCUACUGAACUUCAAUAUAAUUUAUGUAUUCUUUUUUCCUGCCGGACACGUAUGUCUAUUACCUACAUCCAUCUAACUGAAAUAUACCAUUCACAACACAUUCCAAGCAACUCAGUUAUACAAAAAUUGCCAAGGUCCUUUGGAGCAGAUGGCAUGAAGCCUGAUCUUCAAAUGAGAGAAUCAGAUGUUGUCAGAUCAGCAGUUGGGUUCGCUGUAUUCACAACUAUUCUUUCGUCAUGGGCCCUUACUUUUGCAAUUGGAGGGGAUCGUCUCUUCGGACCUGUUUGGGAUCAACUUGUAAUGUACAAUCUCGCUGAGAGAUUAGGCUUGACUGGUUGGAGCUAGUCCUAUGCCCUCUUCUUGUAAAUUUCAUCAGUCAUACACUUUGCAUUAGCCUUUUUUUCCUCUUUUUGUUGGGUAUUACAAUAUAGAGGUGUUUCUGCUCUAUUUUGAACACAUGAUUCAUGUAGAUAUGUUUUGAUCGAGGCUUUCUAGAACCUUUUUGUUGUGAAGUUGAUAUUGAAGCCUUGUUUUACUGCAAGUAAUAUGGCCUUAUAACUGCACUAUCGUAUUUGUGGCACCCAAUUUUCGGUUUUUAAAUACAUAUAUAUAUAUAUAUAUAUUUAUCAGGUUAUAUUACUUAUAAAA